CUUUUUUCACCAACACUUUUCUCAUCGCUCCCCCUUCUCAGAGUAGCGUAGCGAUAUAUUAGCCUAAUCCAUGGCGGUUUCACGAUAAAUAAUCAGAAAACCCUCAGUAAGAAAUCUCAGUCAUCUUACUGUAUAUUCUUCAAAUCUGUAUAUGUUACUUCAUUAAUGUCAUCAAUCUAUUUAAUCUCUUCUUAUAUUCCAGAACUUUCAUAUUCAGAUGACCAAGGUAACACGUUCUGGUCGCAUAAUGAAGGGCGUGAAUGAUGAAAGCAGCUCUAAGCAACUUGCUGAUAAAGGUGUAACAUCAGGAUCUCCAUCGACAGAUACAGUACUAGCUUUAAGAAGGUCGCCUAGAGACACAACUCCGAAGAAGCAGAGUCCAGCAAGUACUCCAAGUACAAAGAAUUCAGAAAGAAUCGAGAAAAAUACUCCACAGACUACUCCAAGUAAGAGGAAAUCUGAGCGACUGGAGAAACUAAAUAUGCCGAGCCCACUGAGAAGAUCUGAUAAAGAUGGCAGAAACCAUUCAUUAAGUGUAUCAGGUUCAAAGAACUCGGAGAAUAGUUCCUUAGAAAACAGAAGUGAAGGGGAGCGAGAGAAAACUGAAGAAAAUACCACAGUGAAGUCCAAAGAUGUGAAGGGGAAUGCCAGUAAGAAAUUGAGUGCCGUUAAGUACAGGGCAUCCUUGCUCAAGACCCAGGGCAAGAAGGAUAAGAACUCAGAUAAGAAGCUUAAAGUGCUCAGUGAUUUGCCUCAAGGGGUUAGCGAGGAAACAGGAGUUGGUUGUUCCAUGAAGGUUGAGCAUGGAGGUCAUCGCGGUGGAGUAAAGGUUGGGGAAGUGAGAGAAAAACUACCCUCAUGCUUGAACACUGUUGAGCUGUCUGGAUCUAAAAGGAUAAGGCUGGAAAUGAGUUCCAAUAGUGUCCCCCUGGAUGAUGGAGUGAUCUGUGCUUCUGCUUCUGACCCUGUCCUUAAGGCACCGAUAGUCACAAGUCUCCAGAACGGUGAGAUGUCAGAGAGUUGCAUCCAAACGGAUGGGUCUGAGAAAGAUAUUCAUGCUGCCCCUCGAAGAAGCAUUGAUAAUACAGAGACUGCAGAAGUUUGUGAGACGUCGCUUGAAGAUCAAAGAAAUCCUGCACUUGAUCAAGUUGUUUUGCCUGCCAGAACCAAAAACUUAGUUCCUUCAGAACUAGAAGAGGACGGAAGGAACCUCAAAGCCAGGGUUUGCAGAGACCUAGCUGAAGAAUGCUGCACGGAUGUACAACUCAUGAGUUCUCCCAGGAUGACGUCAGUAGGAAGUGGUGAUAAUGUUUGUGUCAGCUGCAAGUUUGGUGGAACGCUCUUGUGUUGUGACGGUGAGGGUUGCAAAAAAAGCUACCAUCUCAAAUGUCUUGAUCCACCCCUAAAGAAUGUGCCAAUUGGUGUUUGGCAUUGUGUCUUCUGUGUUAAGAAGAAGGUGGAGUCAGGUGUGCAUUCUCUAUCUGGAGGAGUGGGGUCCAUUUUGGAUGCCAGAGAAGUGGAGUUAGCUGAUUCUGAAGGAGUUCAGAAGCAGUAUUUGGUUAAGCAUAGAUGCCUUGCUCAUGUUCACAACCGUUGGGUUCCAGAGAGUCAGCUUCUUCUUGAAGCUCCAGUUCUUGUUGGAAAGUUCAAGAAGAACCAGGUUGUAAGAUGGAAACCAGAAUGGGCUGUGCCACAACGCCUUCUUCGGAAGAGAUUGUUAAUGUCACCAAAGCAGCGGGCGGAGUAUCUUGGGGGUAGUCAUAGUGACAUCUUAUGCCACUUUGAGUGGUUUGUGAAAUGGAGUGGUCUUGGUUAUGAUGAUGCCACUUGGGAGUUGGAGAAUGAACCAUUUUUGAGGUCAGCCGAAGCUUUGAAGCUUAUAAAGGAUUAUGAAUGUCGCCUUGAGAAGGCAAAAAUGGCAUCUGACCCUACUAGGGCAGAAAAGGUAUUGCAGGAAAGGAGAGGUUCCUUCUUUAAAUUGUUGGAGUUGCCAGGGGAGUGUGAACUUGGACUUGAUAAUGACCAUCUAUGUUCUGUGAACAAGCUUCGUGAGUAUUGGCACAAGGGACAAAAUGCUGUUUUUAUGGAGGAUCAGGAGCGAGUUAUUAGGGUGAUCUUAUUCAUCCUAUCCCUGCAGCCUGUUGUAUGCCGGCCAUUUCUUAUUGUGUCCACUACCUCUGCCCUUUCUGCAUGGGAAGCUGAAUUCCUGCGCUUGGCACCGUCUCUCGAUGUUAUUGUUUACAGUGGAAGCAGAGAUGCUCGGAAGAGCAUACAAAUGCUGGAGUUUUAUGAGGAGGGUCGUUCUGUAAUGUUUCAAGUACUUCUGUCAUCUCUAGAUACCAUUGUUGAGGAUAUAGAAUCACUAAAUCGUGUCAGUUGGGAAGCAAUCAUAGUUGAUGAGUGUCAACUUUCCAAAGUGUCAAAAUCUUUAGAGAAUAUUAAGUUGCUAACCACUUACUUUAAGCUUCUUCUUGUCAAUGGCCCAAUGAAGGAUAGCUUGGUUGAUUACCGCCAUUUGCUGUCUUUCCUUGGUUAUGGAGAUGAUGGGGAAGGUAUAAGUCAUUGUAAGAAUGAUUCUAGCGAUAGUAUUGAGAAACUGAAGGAAAGGUUUGCAUGGUUCGUUGCAUCUGAACGUAAAUCAGACUCAUCUAAGUUUGUCGAAUACUGGGUUCCUGUCAAGCUUUCCAGUGUGCAGCUUGAGCAGUAUUGUUAUACGCUACUCUCUAAUUCAGCAUUCCUUCGUUCAUGUUCAAAAAGCUUUGACACUGUUGAGCUCCUUCGUAAUGUUCUUAUUUCUACCAGGAAGUGUUGCGACCAUCCGUAUCUUGUGGAUCCUACUUUGCAGAAAAUGCUUACGAAUGGUCUACCAGUGACCGAGUAUUUGAAUGUUGGAGUAAAAGCAAGUGGCAAGCUACAAGUACUUGAUAAAAUUCUUUCGGAGAUUAAAAAGCAAGGCUUAAGAGUACUAAUCCUUUUUCAGUCAAUUGUUGGCUCUGGCGGAAUCUCUUUGGGGGACUUCUUGGAUGAUGUUGUGCGUCAGAGAUUUGGUGAAGACUCCUAUGAACGUGUUGAUGGUGGGUUGGCCACAUCAAAGAAGCAAGCAGCCAUGAACAAGUUUAAUGAUAAGGAGAAAGGAAGGAUUGUGUUUUUACUUGAGCGUCGUGCUUGCAACCCAAGCAUUAAGCUGUCAUCAGUUGAUAUUGUUAUUCUGUAUGAUAGUGACUGGAGCCCGUAUAAUGAUUUGAAAGUUCUACAGAGGAUCACAAUUGACUCACCACAUGAGCAGUCAAAACUGUUCCGUUUGUAUUCGUCGUCUACCUUGGAAGAAAAGGCUCUAAUUCAUGCUACGCAAGGGAUGACCUUUGAUAGCAAUUUACAGAAUUUAAAUAAUUCUACAAUUCAUAUGUUGCUCAGAUGGGGUGCUUCUCGUCUAUUCAAAGAGUUGAAAGAGUUCCAUGAUUCUUCCCCAUCCUCUGGUUCAAUCACUUCUGAUCAAGAUGCUGAUGGCGUCUUGAAUCUAGUGAAGGAAUUAUUGGGUUCGCUACCUCAAGCUGCUGGCGGCACAAGUACAAACAAUUCUUCAAUUGUUGCAAAGGUUAAACAAACUGGGGGGAUAUACUCUAGCGAUACUUGUUUACCUGAUGAGCUGGAAAUGCAGUCAACUGAAGCAGACCUGCCUCACGUCUUCUGGUCAAAACUACUUGAAAGGGAGACCCCUGAGUGGAGAUAUUUGUCGGCUGCAUCCACAUCCCAGAGAUCCCGCAAACGAGUUCAAUAUUUUGAUGGCUCACCAAAAAGGACAAGCCCUGACAAUGAUGAUGUUACAAAGAAGAGGAGGAAACUUGUUAACGGUACCGCUGAUGCGGCCACUCACAGAGCUCUGGUAGAAGAUAAAAGAAAAAUAGGUGGUGCGAACAAGGAAGGAGCGUCUGGAACUCCAGCUGGUAACGGGUCUCAUUUUCUGGCAAGUCCCACAGUUUCAACUGAUGCUGCCCGUUUUCGCAAUGUUAAUGAAAUCUCAAAUGUACCUGCAUGUUGUAUGAGUGGACCUGAGAAAAGGAGCAAGUCCCUUAAUGCACCCAAAGAUCUUCACAUCUUCUCGAAGCCAGAUAUUUCAGAACUUUGCAAUAUUCUACUGUUUCCGGAGAAUGUCAACAAGAUGGCUGGAAGGUUUCUUGAAUAUAUUAUUGAUAAUAAUCGAGUCAAUCAGGAGCGAGUGACUCUUAUACAGGCUUUCGAGAUAUCUGUGUGUUGGAUAGCAGCUUCUUUGCUGAAACAUAAGCUAGAUCGGAAGGAAACACUUAAACUUGCAAAGCAGCAUUUGAAUUUUGAGUGUACGGAAGAAGAGGUUUUGGCUAUCUAUGAUAUGCUGCGGAAAAAGAAGAAAUCGUUUUUACGUCAAACAGAAAAUGUUAACCAGUCUACAGACGAACCUGCACGAGUUACAGAUAAUGUGAAACCCCAUAUGCAUGCAAGGGCUCAAUCAGAAAUGCCUGGUCAGCAAGAUCUGGAAGGAGGAGCGAUCAGAGGAACUCCUCAAAGUCAACAUAGUUCCAAUGAAUUUGUCCCCAUCAAACAACUGGCAACCGACUCCGAAGAAGCUAAUGGAUCACCAAACAAUGAAAUCUCAAAGAGCAUUUCUCUGGUUAGAAAGAUUCACAUGGAGAGGUGGCUAAAGCUCGUGGCUUACCAGACUAAGGAAAGUAAAGAGUUCGAGGAAGAAAGAGUUAAAAUUGAGAAGGAACAAAUAGCAACAUUAGAUAAAGUGCACAAAUUUGAGUCGGCUCUUAUUCGUCGUCUGCAUCAUCAAAAUUCAGUUAGAUUAGAGAAACUGAAGAAAGUAGAUCAGGAUUUUAACAGCAAAAAAGAUGCUAUCAAGAAUCAUAUGGACGCGGAGCUAAAGAAACUUGAGUCAUUACAUCUGGCGGCCAAGAAUGAAGAGACAAGGUUGAAGCAUUACUGGGUGCGAGAAGCAAAAUCUGGAAGGUCUGUGGAUUCAUUUUUGGCUCUGUCGCAGUCGUUGGAUUCUAGAUUCAAGCUGGUAACCGUGCAACUUAAUGAACAAGGUCCUUCAAAAGAACCAAUCACUGGUAGAGAUAGCUCACCCAGACUCAACGACUUGGGAGUCACUGGGCCUUCUGGAACUGUUCGAGGUGAAUCAAUGGUAGACGGUAUCACACCCACUGAAAGACCAGAUAAUUUUGUGAAGUCAACCUUGCAGUCCACUGAUCCCCUCCAAAGUGUGCAGUCUAAUGAUGACACUUCAGUUACACAACCUAAUGUGCAAUUCCAGCUGGAGGAUUUGGAGCGCUGUGAGCAAGGUCCUUCAGAGGAACCAGUUCUUGAUAGAACUGGCUCACUUAGAGAUAGUGCGAUGGGAGAUGUUGGGCCAUCUGAAAUUGUUCGAGGUCAUGAUAGCUCAGUUACCGACAGAACUGGUUCACUUAGACUUACUGAGAUGGGAGUUGCUCAGUCUCCUGGAACUGUUCGAGGUCAUGAACCAGUAGUAGUGGACUCCAUAACCACUGAUCCACUUCCGUGUGAUCGAUCUGAAGAUGCCACCACAGCUUUUCUACGCGAUAUGCAAUUUCCUAUUGAAGGUUCAGAGAUUAGUGGUCAAGGUCCUUCAAAAGAACCGGAUGUUGCAAGAACUGGCUCACUUGGACCUAGUGAGGUGAGAGUUUCUGAGGUUCCCGAAACUAUUAGUGGUUAUGAACAGGUAGUAGAGGGAACAUUACCUGCAGAGCAAUUGCCAAUGACUGCACCAGUUAACCCACCUUCUGCUACGCAAUCGGAGUUGCCUACAGCCACUGUUUCACCUUCUGAUCUUCUGGAGUGUAACCAGUCAUAUAAUGACAAUUCAGAUUUUUCACAUGCUGGGCCACUGCAAACGGCUGCACCAGCAAAUCCACCCGGAGAUCCCAUCUUGGCCAACUCUUCCAGUCAUGACACUUCAGUUCUUCCGCCUGCUUUGCAAUUGGAGCUGCCUACACUCGUGGAAACACUGCCGUCUGAACAGUCUAGAGUUCCAACAGAUCCCCCAGUUGGAAGUGGCACACGUGUAUCAGAUACUAGAAGCAUGACUUCUUCCCGGACAUCUCAGUCUCCGCUACCUCAGGACCCUCUUUGUUAUGAACUGGCAAGAAUUCGUAAAGAGGAGGAACAAGUUGUGAAGAUCCACGAAGAAUUGAAAGUGCGGAUCAAUUCUGAUUAUGAGAAGGAGAUGGAAGAGAUUCAUCGAAAGUACAACAAGUUAAAUCACGAUGCUGAUACUGCAUUAGCUCAGAAGAAGAAGUCAAUUGACACAAAUAUUAGUAAAAUUUUGAUGAAUAGGAUGUUAGCCGAGGUGUUUAGGUUCAAAUGUAGUGAAACUACUAGGGCUGCUGGGCCACUAGGAUCACAGCCAGGAGGACACCAGGGACCAUUACAGAACCACCAAUUAUUCCACUCGCCUUCUCAACAAAAUUCUCAGAGAUCUCCGACUGCAACCCCAUGUACAACUAUCCAAUCACCUGUGCAGGUGGCUCGCCAAUCAUCAGCUACUUUCUUGAGCAAUAACAUGCCAGUCAGACCUCACUUCAGCACAGGAGGGGCUUUAACAAGUGUAAGCAGUCAAGUAGGAUGCAGACAGUCACAUGCCCCUCACCUGCAACCAUUCAGACCUUCAACAUCAAUGUCAGCAUCACCCAGUCUGCAACCACCCCAUAACAGCACAAUGUUGCCUGUACAUCUUGGUAAUCUUCCUGGUGGCAGUUCUUCAGGUCUGCAGGUCACCAGUCUCCCGGUUAACUAUGGUGCAGGGUUUAAUAGCAGCACCUAUCCAUCAGAAAGUGCAGGAACACAUAAUAAUUCAUCCUUAGUGAUUGAUACUAUGAUGAACGACUUCGACAACUUCGGCCUGUGUGGCGGCGGUGGCAGUAUUAACCCUCAAAACCUAUUACCUUCCAUUCAAAGCAUUGACCGAUCUGACAUGUUUGGUAGUCUAAAUUCUAGUGAUCUAUGGGGUCCUGCAACAGCAGCAGCCCAUGGAGAAGUUGUUUGCCUAUCUGACGACGAGUGAUCUCUACCCUUGUAAGUGAACGAUAUACUAACCCGAGGGGAGGAAUAGAGGGUCCUGUUUGUAGUGUAAAUAUUAAAACUUGUCCCUUUUUCUCAUCCUUCUUGACAGAUUGCCUUUCUAAUCAAAAUGGUAGAUUUUUUAUGCAUUGUUCUA